ACGUAAGAUGGAGUGAUCCACACAAUUCAAAUCCAAUCAGGUCCAACAACACCAACUUACCGCACCGCACUACACCACCAACCCCUUUUUCUCUUUUCUUUUCAUUCCUUUUUUCCUGGCCUCUCUCUUUCUCUGUUUCUUCAUUCGUUAUUCCUCCUCGUCUUCAUUUUUCAGCAUUGAUCUCUACAACCCCUCAUCAUUUUCAUACGUGAUUCACGCUUUCAAAACCUGGGUCUUCCUCAAAAUUUCAUCUUUUGGGGUGCAUGUCACCCUGCUGAGAUUUGAUUCUGCUUUUCUCUGUUUUUUUGUUUAAUUGUUUUCCUUGGGAUUUCCGUUAUUUCAAUGGGCUGUUUAGAUGAUGGGCGUUUCAUUGUUGAGCUUGAAAAUGGAAUGAACCACGGUUGUUCUGAAGUGGGAAAAGAUGCCUCUGCCAUUGAAGAUGCUGUUAAGGUUUUGUUGCUGGGUCUAGGAGAAGAUAUUAACAGAGAAGGUAUUAGAAAGACACCACUUCGUGUUGCUAAGGCCCUCCGUGAAGGAACAAGAGGUUACAGGCAAAAGGUAAAGGACAUUGUUGAAGGUGCUUUAUUCCCCGAAGCUGGUCUUGACAACAGAGUUGGUCAUGCUGGUGGAGCAGGCGGACUUGUGAUUGUCCGAGAUCUCGACUUGUUUUCCUAUUGCGAGUCAUGCAUGCUUCCAUUCCAGGUUAAAUGUCACGUAGGUUAUGUUCCUUCUGGCGAAAGAGUUGUCGGUUUAAGCAAGCUAUCUCGUGUGGCUGAUGUAUUUGCUAAACGACUCCAAGAUCCUCAGCGUCUCGCAAAUGAAGUGUGCUCUGCUUUGCAUCAUGGAAUAAAGCCAGCUGGUGUUGCCGUCAUACUUCAAUGUACACAUAUCCACUUUCCAGACAUAGAAUCAAUCUUUCUCGACUCAAACCACCAAGGAUUGGUUAAGAUACUCGUUUCCGCCGGUUCUGGAGUUUUCGAAAAUAAAAAUGCAGACGAAUGGGCUGAUUUCUUUAAUCUUCUUAAAUUUAGAGGUAUCAGUAUGGAAAAAAUUCAUGUUAGAGGAUCAUUGGACUCCUCUUGGUGUCCUUCUCAAUCCACCAAAGUUUCCUCCGAAAUCGGACCGGUCAACCCUGCAAUGGUCACUGCAGUAGCUUCAAUUAUUAAAUCUUUGGGAGAAGAUCCACUGAGAAAGGAGCUUAGAGGAACCCCAACUAGAUUUGUGAAGUGGUUAAUGAAUUUUCAGAACAGCAACUUCGACAUGAAGUUGAACGGUUUUCUCAAUGGUAGGAUAGAUUCUUUAACCACGAAUGAGAUGGUUGACAUGGAAAACAAGAAAAUAUGUUCUGAGCUGAACUUAUCAUUUUGGUCACAAUGCGAGCAUCAUUUACUUCCAUUUCACGGUGUUGUUCACAUAGGUUACCUCCUAUCGGAUGGAUUCAGUCCAAUCGGAAAACCUCUUUUACAAUCCAUAGUACAUUUUUACGGUUUCAAACUUCAAGUUCAGGAGAGGCUUACCAGACAGAUAGCUGAAACGAUUUCGCCGCUGAUUGGUGGAGAUGUGAUAGUUGUCGUAGAGGCAAGCCACACAUGUAUGAUUUCUAGGGGUAUUGAAAAAUUUGGAAGUAGUACCGCCACUAUUGCUGUUUUAGGACGAUUCUCGACCGACCUUAAGACAAGGGCUUCCUUCUUGCAGGGUAUUCCAAGUUCUAGUUAGUUAUUUUUCAGAGCAACAAUUCUUGUUUGAAUGCGCUUGAAGUUUGAAUGCGCUUGAAAUAAUUUAGCACUAGCUCCAAUUAUUUCGGAUUUAGAAGUUGCUCAAAUUUUGUUUCAGUUUUACAUAGAAAUAGCAAGAAAUUGUCUUUUACAUGCUUGAAGAAAAAUUGAUGGAAUUCCUCUGGAAUCCCUAUUUUCAUACUGGCCAACUUUGGUCAUAAUUUGUUGUUGUUUAAGUUUGCUCUGAUAGUUUCUUGAUGUUGAAGUUAGAAUGAUUGUUAUCAAUUUUGAUUAUUUUAUAUGAAGGUUCUCGACAUUUUAUUUUUCAA